AUGAGUGAGCAAGAGAUGGAUAUGCUGGACAUAGAAGAUGAUCUAGUGGAGUUGUGCGAGGAGCAGAACGAAGAGCAGCGGAAGAAAAUGAGCAUUAAACAACAACAACCGCAACAUCAGCAGCAACAACAACAGCCACAACAUCAGCAACAACAGCAGCAAAAACAACAGCCACGACAACAGCAACAACAGCAGCAACAACGGCAGCAACAAAAACAGCAGCAACAACAACAGAAUAACAAUCGUCGGAAGCAACGAAACCAGCGUGACCAACGUGACCAACGGAACCAAGAUCGGGCACGUGGAAUUAGCCUGGAAACUCGUAUGGAAACGUUCGAGCGACUCGCUCGUCGUACAACUGCUCUCGGAAAGAGCGUACGACGAGCAAUUGAGGCAGAGCGGUUGCCCGGCCACCUCAUUUUGGGAUACAUGAACCGAUAUAAAAAUGUUUGUAAAAAUAUGGAUUAUGAGCUUAAUAAAGAAUGA